AAAUCAACUGUUCGAUUUUGGAAAAUACCUUCGACGAAGGUAUCAACAUCUCAUUGGACCUCAAUAUUCAUCCAAAAAGGUGUAUAUUCACAGUACAAACAUAGAUAGAACAUUGAUGAGCGCAGAGUUACUUGCCGCAGGUAUGUUUCCACCAUCUGGAAAUGAAAUUUGGAACGAUGAAUUAGAUUGGCAACCGAUUCCGAUUCACACAAAACAUAUAUCACAAGAUUAUGUUCAUGGAUAUUUUAACAAUUGCCCACAAUAUGAACAACUCUACAGAAAGUUUACAGAGUCUCCAGAAUUCAAAUAUCAGUUUGAAAAAAAUAUUGACUUUGUCAGAUACUUAGAGCUAAAUUCUGGCUUGAAAUUACUGGGAACAGAGGAGCUUAUGUACUUGAUCGAUAGGCUUCGAAUGGAGAAAGAAAAAUGUCUUGUGCUAUCGAAUAGCGCAUUCACUUCACACUGAGCGGACCAUUGUCUUCGAUAUUUCUCAGUAUGUGUCGAACCAUCAAAAUUAUGCUUUGGUGGACCGAUUGGUCGGUUUCUUUCAACUUUCUCUCAAUUCAUCCAACCAAUUGAUGCACGUUUCAAGUAUUUUGGACC